UAGCCAAGGGUGUUCAAUACGAUACUCUCCUAUUCACCCUUGGCGGAUCUCACGACAAAACCGAAGUUCCCGCUGCUACAUUUUGAUUGGAUGCGGUUAGAUUUAACCGACCAAUUAAAACGCGCGUUGUAAAUGUACACAACAAAGAUGGCGGCGCCCACGGAGACAUGUCGUGUGUGUCACAAUCAGCUGCCAGCGAAGUCGAGAAGAAUUAUAUUUGGCCCUACAUUUAAUGUUUUCGACCAGCUUAGUCAAGUGAUAGGGUAUGUUGCUCUCCAAACCGAUGGUAAAAGUAAAUAUGUAUGUGGAUUCUGUUUUACAAAAUUAAACAAAUUGUCAAAAAUCGACUUCGAUCUCGUAACAAAAUUGGAAACGCUGAAGAAUGAAAAACAGAAACUUGUUUCAGAACUCAGAGACAAAUAUCUGACAAAUAUGCCACAAACACAAACACCUAAAAGUUUAAAGCGAACUAAGCCUCUGCAGCACACUCCAACACCAAGGAAAUCAAAAAAGGCUCUGUGGACUACACCUUCACGUUCUACGCAUGCUGUACAAACAGCGCCUGCUUCGACACCUAAAACGUCAAAGCCAGCUAUAACCGGUGUGAAAGUUAAACUGUUUACACCAUCAAAGAUCAAGGUGUUGUACAGAAUCAAGGACAAGGUCAGGUCAAAAGUAUUGAGGGAAAAGGGUUCCAUCGCAAUGGUUAAAAGUAUCAUGUAUGGUAAACCAGGAGCAGCCAAGUGUGUGUAUUCAGCCCUCCAACAACCAAUCAGAAAAUGUGUUUUGAGAGACAUUCAGAAAGAAAUUUCUAAAUUAACUUCAACAUUAAAUCUGUCAUUAUUUAGAAGAAUAGACCACAAGAAUCUGACAUCAUUUUCCUUUGAAAACAUCAUCACUGAAGUAAAGAUAUGGGCACCAUUUUUUCAUAACCUUAUAUCAACCCUGGUAAAGAACUCAUCAAUUGGAGAAGCAGUAGUGUCCGCUCUUAUUCUGAAAUUCCAUAAUACACACAUGACAGCCUUCCAUCAUGUGAUCGGACAGGUACUGGACCAUUGUGGUGCCACUGAUGAGUGUAUUGCAGUGCUGAACAGACUAGGUGUGUGUGUAUCCACAUCAGCAAUGUCAAAAAUGAAGUCAAAGCUACAGGAUCACCAAAGUAAACAAAUUGAAGACUUGUUAAUCAAGGAGAAAAUUGAGUUAGAGUGCAAUGAACCUGCUCAUCAUGCUGUAGAGAAGCAGACUGACACAAGGGAGACACAAGAGGCACAGCUUGCAGUUGAGAAGGCAUCUGUUGAUCUACCAGAUCUUUUACAACAAGUCAUCAGCAACUGAUCAAGGAACUCUAGCAAACCUGAGGAAUGUCAUCAACCGUAUUGAUGUCCAAGGUGCAGAAAGUGUCAUUGACAAGUACAGGGCUCACUUUUCAUUUAUGGAUGAUGUCCUUGACUCUUACAUUGUGGCAGCCUGUAUGCAUCUUUUGGGUCAAAGUGAGAUGGAAGCCGAACCCAACAGGAAACAACCAUUGUUUGC